AUAUCGCUCGUUUUAGAUGAUAACAUCGAUCAAAUUCAUUUCCACGUUUAAUUUAUGUGCGCCAUGUGCGAUAGAAAGAUCAAUGUCAAUGGCGAACUCAGCUGUCAUUUCGCGCGCCUAUGCGACGCAUUAGUUUUGUUAUGUUAGGUUAAAAUUGCUUGUUUUUUUGAGUUUUUUUAUGUAGAAGAAAAAAUUAAUUGUAACUGAAUUAUUGUUGUGUGAAAAAUGUUAAUCUAACGUUAAACCCUUAUAGUGCAGUUUAUUCAACAAUUUAUAGAAGUGGUAUAUGAAUUGUAGUUUAUACGAAGCAAGACAAUGUAUUCACAAGAGGAAAUUGAGAGAAAAAGGCAGCAAGCCUUGCAACGUCAACAACAAAAGGCAGCAUGUAAACCUCCUGUUGUCAGUCCUUUGAAUGCACCCAAAAAUAAUGGAAACAGUUACACGAGUCCAAAAAACUCAAGUAGUAGUUCAAUUACAAACUUUUUUAGUCCAAAUUCAAAUAGAAAAUCACUUGGUGGAAGUAAUCAAUUUAAAUCUCAAAGUGCCUACAAACAACAAGCAUCAGCCAAUCGAUAUAAUCCUAUUAGCAGUAAUAAAUUUUAUGGUACACAACAAAAUAAACCACCACUUUGUGAAGCUGAGUGCAGUAUGAUAAGCAUCAAUAGAUUUACUGUAGAUAUGUCAAAGUAUCAUCUGCCUUUAAUAGAAGUAUUCAAAUCAAUACCAACUAGAAAUUAUGAUCCACAAACUAAGUCUUGGAACUUCCAUUUAAUAGAUUAUGAUAUGGUUUUACAAAAAUCAAUGCAAUUAAAAUCAGAAGUCUCAUUCAAAGGAAUUCCAGCAUAUGUGUUGAAAUUUUUCAGAUCUUUAGAAAACAAAAUGAAUUUACAAAAACCAAAACCAAAUUUGUCUCGAUUGGACGAGUCACUCUUGAAUUCUUUGUAUCCCUUUCAAAGAGAAGGAAUAGAGUUUGGAAUUCAACAAGAUGGAAAAAUUUUGUUAGCAGAUGAUAUGGGUCUUGGAAAAACCAGACAAGCUCUAGGAAUUGCUCAAUAUUUUUCUGAUGAUUGGCCUAUGCUAAUUAUUUCCCCUUCUUCUGUUAGGUAUCAAUGGUCGGAGGCUAUAAUUGAAAAUUUAACUUCUGUGCCAAUACAUUCUAUUCUCCAUGUUACAACUAACAGAGAACCAAUUGAAAAGUGCAAGGUUCUUAUUGUAUCAUAUGAUUUAGUUGGAAGGAGAACUGAUGAACUUGUAGCUAGAAGAUUUGGAGUGAUAAUAUGUGAUGAGUCCCAUUAUCUUAAAAGCGCAAAUACUCAAAGGACCAAAGCUGUGCAACGAUUAGCCACCAAUGCAAAGCGUAUCAUACUAUUAACUGGUACACCAGCUUUAUCACGACCUAUUGAAUUGUACCCUCAAAUAAAAAUGUUAAUUCCUAAUUUUAUGAGCCCUAUAGACUAUGGAGUGAGAUAUUGUGCUGGUGUACAAACUAAAUUUGGAUGGAGUUUCACUGGAUCUUCUCAUUUGAAAGAGUUAGAAAUAUGGUUACAAAAUAGUUGUUGUAUAAGACGUCUGAAAAAAGAUGUUCUAACACAAUUACCCACAAAAAUAAGGCAAAAAAUUAUCCUUGAUCCUCAUUUAAUUAAAACUGCAACCAAAGAAAUGAAAGAAUCUGCAAAACAAAUGCAAAAAGAAAAUUUAAAUGGUUCAACAAAACACACAAUACUUUUACAGUAUUACAGUGAUACUGCUAAAGCUAAAGAAAAGGCUGUUUGUAACUACAUUUUGGAGUUAAUUGAAAAUCGAGCAAGCGAUGACAAAUUUCUUGUUUUUGCCCACCAUCAAUCAAUGCUGGAUGCUAUUAGCAGUUUGCUGCAAAGCAAGAAAAUUUUACACAUAAGGAUAGAUGGAAGAACAAAUCCUGAAGCCCGAAAACAGUAUGUAGAUAAUUUUCAGGAUAAUGAUAAAAUUAUGGUAGCAGUAUUGUCAAUUACAGCUGCAAAUGCUGGUUUGAACUUGACAGCAGCACGUCUAGUAAUAUUUGCCGAACUCUCGUGGAAUCCUGGUAUCUUAACACAAGCAGAAGAUAGAGUGCACAGAAUCGGUCAAACAGACAACGUGAUAAUUCGUUACCUUUUGGCCAAAGAGACGGCGGACGAUUACAUGUGGAACAAGUUGCAAACGAAAAUUAGAGUAUUGAACGAGGUCGGUCUGGAUCAAAAUUUCGAUAUGGACGCCGCGUCGUUGGAACAUCAACUCACGAGUGAGCAGAAUCAAACUACCCUCGAUGUCUUUGUGGAAUCACAAUCUUCGUCGUCGGGGGAUAAAAAGUCUCAGAUGUCAAGCUCGAGCGUCAGUACAUCCGGCUUGGCAGAGUUGCAGGUCAGCUCGGAUAGUUUCAAAGAUCUUCUGGACAUCGACGACGAGGCCUUCGACGAAAUCGACUUGGAUAGUAUCAUCAACAGCGCAGAAAACCAAUCGUAGCGCUCACGCAUUUUCCUAAUUGUAUACUUCGUUGUUGGUUAUUUCGUAACAUUUAAGUGAAAAAUUAUAAGUUAAUUAGUUACCGUCUCAUAGUAUGUUCGAUUAAUUAAGUGUUGAAAACAAAUUAUUUGAUUCCUAUUACGGAAUAAAACCUAUUUUUGCACGCAAA